AGUCAACAUCUCGACCGCGCAGAAGCACCACAAUGGCAGAGACAACAUCACAGCCCAUCGCAUCGGCUACUCAGUCCAAGGCCACAGCGCCCGAGGCAGCCGCCACCGCCGCGGCGCCAGAGGCAGGACCCUCAACCACUGGACAGAAGGAGCCGGUCGUUGUCCUCGUCAUCGGCAUGGCUGGAUCGGGCAAGACCACCCUUAUGCAGCGUCUCAACUCGUACCUCCACUCCAAGGACCAGCCGCCGUACAUCCUCAACCUCGACCCUGCCGUCAGCCACAUGCCCUACUCUGCCAACAUAGACAUUCGGGACACGGUCGACUACAAGGAGGUCAUGAAGCAGUACAACCUCGGUCCCAACGGUGGUAUCAUGACGGCUUUGAACCUCUUCACGACCAAGUUUGACCAGGUGCUCGGCUUUGUGGAGAAGCGCGCGCAGAGCGUCGACUACGUCCUCGUCGACACGCCCGGACAGAUUGAGAUCUUCACCUGGUCGGCGUCCGGCGCUAUCAUCACAGACGCCAUCGCCUCGUCGCUGCCCACGGUUGUUGCGUACAUUGUCGACACGCCCCGCACGACGUCGCCCGCAACGUUCAUGAGCAACAUGCUGUACGCCUGCUCGAUCCUGUACAAGACGCGCCUGCCAUUCAUCCUCGUGUUCAACAAGAUUGAUGUCGAGCCACACGACUUUGCGCUCGAGUGGAUGGCCGACUUUGAAAAGUUCCAGGAGGCGCUCGCCGAGCGUGGCCGCGACGAGAACGGCGAGAACUACAUGAACUCGCUGAUGAACAGCAUGUCGCUCGUUCUGGAGGAGUUCUACAACGACAUUCGCGCCGUCGGUGUCAGUGCCAUGACAGGCCAGGGCAUGAAGGAGUUCUUCGCGGCCGUCGAGGAGGGCAGGAAGGAGUACGAGGCCGACUACCGGCCAGAACUCGAGCGCCUCAAGCAGGAGAAGGACGCCAAGGCCGAGGCGGCCAAGCAGGCUCACCUCGAGCGCAUGAUGAAGGACAUGGGCGUCGACAAGGCACCCAAGGGUAACCCCUUCGGCCCGCACCCCCGAAACGAGCGCGAGGACCGGUACAUGGACGACGAGGGAGGAGACUCGGAGGACGAGAGGAUAGACCGUCAGCAGGAGGCAGAGGAGGAGGCGGACGACCACCCCGAGGUCGCGCCCGAGGAUGACGACGUCAUGCAGUAUGGAGGGCAUGACGAGGGUAUGGGAGUGUGGCCCCGGCCUCAGUAGGAGAUCCACAAACACGCUCCUGCCACAUUGUGUACGUCUAAUGCAUUGC